AACAAAAAAAAACUACAUACAUAUACUAUAAAAACAUGCCUGGGCUUACCAUCGGAGACACUCUCCCAAAUCUUCAAGUGGAAACCACCCAUGGCCCCAUCAAACUCCAUGACUAUGUCUCCAACUCCUUCACCAUCAUCUUCUCUCAUCCAGGUGACUUCACUCCGGUUUGCACGACGGAGCUCGGAGCCAUGGCGGCGUAUGCGGACAAAUUCUCCGAGCUCGGUGUGAAGCUUCUAGGGCUGUCGGCCGACGACAUGGAGUCCCACAACGCGUGGAUCAAGGACAUCGAGGCCUACUGCAACGGGUGCAAGGUGACGUACCCCAUCGCGGCCGACCCGGAGAGGAGGAUCAUCAAGGAGCUGAACAUGGUGGACCCGGACGAGAAGGACUCGGCCGGGAAGCAAGUCCCGUCGCGGGCGCUCCACAUCGUGGGACCGGACAAGAGGAUAAAGCUGAGCUUCCUGUACCCGGCGAGCACGGGGAGGAACAUGGAGGAGGUGGUGAGGGUGGUGGAGUCGCUGCAGAGGGCGGCCAAGCACAAGAUAGCGACGCCGGCGAACUGGAAGAAGGGGGAGGCGGUGGUGAUAUCGCCGAGCGUGUCGAAUGAGGAGGCCAAUAGGAUGUUCCCGCAGGGCUACAAGACCGCCGAUCUCCCUUCUAACAAGGGCUACUUGAGGUUCACCAAUGUCGACUGAUAUAUGCCCAGUUCCUUUUAUGUUGUACUACUACUAGUAUUUUCUCCUUUUCUUGAAUGUAUGUUUCUCAAUCAA